AUGUCCAUCCUCGGCGACGACGGUCGUGGCUUCGAGCUGGCCACCAAGCUGGAGUCCCUCGGGGUAUGGCGGACGUGGUUCGGCGACCCUCUCUACUCCACCUUCGUCCAUUUCCUUUCUUCUCCUUCCUCCUGGGAAUCCUUCAUGCGGGCCGACGAGCUCAAGUCCAAAGCUCAGAUCCAACUCCAGCUCCGCGCCCGUGCUCUUCUCUUCGAUAAAGCUAGCGUCACCCUCUUUCUUCACUCCACUAUCAACCCUUCCCCUGCCGCUACUUCCGCAGCGGUCUCCAAGCUUAAUCCGACUUACUUGCAGUUGCAUGGCGACGAUGUCUACUACACUCUAGAGGAUGUGGAUCAGCGGCGAGAUGGUAGCGGCGCUGUUGGGCCUGUUAUGGCGUCAUCCAGGAGUCAUUCUAAAUCUUCUGUUACUACCGGAUUAAGAUAUGGUGAUCUUGACAUGGAUAAUGUCUCACAGAGGUUCAGAAAUGAUGAGUUGCCAGAAACUUGGUAUAGCCAGUUUAUAGAAAAGCAUAAAACUAACAGGUUAUUUAAGAUCCCGUUUGGGGAGAGAGAGCCAGAAAAACGUUCUCCUGAAGACAUGUCUAAUUAUGUUAAGCUUCGGGAUAAGCAUAAAAGAAGCCGUGUUAUGUUUAAGCAGGGCCAGUACUCGGGGCUUGGAAAUUCUGUCUUGGAAAGCACAUCAAGCAAGCAUCCCGACUCUCGUUUAGAUGGCCGAAGCUCAGUAGAUGAUGAUGUUUCCUUCUUUCCUGAAGUAAUGUUUAUGUCGAAUUGUGUGCCUGAUAGUGCACUCCCUCCAAUAGUUAGAGUGCAAGACAAUAACAAGAUUGAGUUCCGUGGGGUUCUUGACUCAUUGCCGCAGACCAGGAAUGCUGUAAUGAUUGAGAGACUCGGUAUUAGUGUUGAACAGGGAGGAAGCUCACAUCGUAGGAAAAAUGGUUCUGACGGGAAUAGGAAAAUGCUUAGUCAAGACCAAGCACAGCAGAUUUCUUCAAAGGUUGUUGCCCGCAUGUUGACCAGAGUGGGAUUUGAUGGUGCAAUGGAAGUUCCAGUGGACGUCUUGUCUCAACUGCUUGGGUGUCAUAUGAGUAAACUAGGCCACACUUUGAAAGUUCUUGCUGAUAGUUAUAGGAAACAGUGUUCAGCAGUUGAGCUACUAAAGAUGUUUCUUCAAACUUUGGGUCACAGUAACCUUGGACCUUUGAUGGAGCUCAUCAAGGAUGGCAGUAGGAAUGUCACCCAGCAAACUCAGCCGCAAGUACAUGGAAUGCAGCCACAGAUGCAGGCCCAGCACCAAAAUCCUCAUCGAUUGCCUCAACAAUUACAGAUGUUAAGACAAGCACACCCACAGAUGCAACAAAUGAUGCAUCCUCAAGGUUUGACUUUCCAGCAACAGCAACAGUUGGAGAGGAUGCGUAGGCGCCAACAACAAACUGCUCCUCGCCCCACUAUGGAUAUGGUGGAGAAGGAGAGACCCCCCAUGGCGCAAGUCAAGAUUGAAAGCGCACCAGAUUUGCCAUUGGAUAAUAAUAUCAAUGCGUUCAAUAAUAAUGCCAUGCAUGCCAGACAUCAUCCGCAGAUGCAGCAGCUCCGGCAGCAGCAACUGGCUGCAAUGUCGAAUCUCCAUGCUCAGACUGGCAGCAAUCAGCUCAGGCAGUUCACGUCAUUGCAAGUUCCUCAGAUACAAUCACCACCGAACAUGGGAAUUGUUAGGGCUCCUCCGGUGAAGGUGGAAGGUUUCCAGGAGUUGAUGGGAGGCGAUGGCACAUCGAAACAUGACUCAGAAGAUGGCAACAAGCUAACUUCUCCUUCCAAGUGA